AAAAGGAUGGUGCUGCAUGGAUUUGGUAUUUUCAAUAAACAAUGUUCUCGAGAACUUGACAAAAAAUUAUCAAUAUAAUUAGCGCGCAGCAAAUUAAUCAAAGAUUAUAAAAUAAGCACAGAAAAUACUGUAAACACAAAUUGAAACAUGACACAAAAUAUCAGUAAUAAAAAAACGAUGCACCUAUUGAAAGAACUAGAUUCUUCUAAAUCGGCUGAAGCUUUAUGUUUCUAUUGUUUAUCAACAGGACGAACUUUGAUUUGUCUCUCCUCUUGUAAACACAUAACUUUUCUUGAAAAGCUUUUUAAAAAUAAGCUGAACUUAAGAAGCAUGCUACUGUGUACAGAAUGUCAUCAUUUACUGAAGAAGACAGAUCUGUUCUUGAAGAGAGUGGAACAGUGUUGCUCCAUUCUCCAAGGAAAGACAUCUCAGUUCAAGAAGGUAUUAAAUUACACUUACAGCACCCUCCUGCUAUUUUCGACCUUAAACAACGAACUAUGUGAAGUCAAAAUUGAGCCUGAAGAUGUUGAAGUUAAAGAAGUUGUUGCAGAAAAUACGCCAGAAGUGAACGAUUUCUACAAUGAAACAGCGGAAUUUCCUGAGUUACAGGCACAGGGAUGUGAAGAGAUGAAAGAGGAUGGCUGGAACCUUGAGCUUGUCGGCGGACGUGAAGAGAUGAAAAAGGAUGGCUGGAUCCUUGAGCUUGUCGGCGGGAUCAGAUUGAUGGUGAUAGAGUUAUCUGACGCCGAGCUAGGGGCUGAGAGGGAGAGGGCCAUCCGCGACCCUAGAUACACAAAGAAGUCGUACAAAUGUCAGAAAUGUAUAAUCUCUUACGACCACGCCAUUAACUUGGACAGGCAUUUGACACUCAGCCAUAAUGAGAAUAACGCACACGUGUGCGACGUAUGCGAAUGUACUUACGACACAGAAUCGAAAGUCAGAACUCACACGAAGAGACAUUAUUUGAGGUACAAGUGUAUGGAAUGCGAUAAGUUGUACCAGGACAAACAAACAGCCGUUGUGCACUACAAAGAAGCACAUACGGUCAAUCGGAAGAUAUACAGAUGCGAUCUGUCGCACUGUCGCUUCGAGACUGCCUCUCACAGAAGCUACAAAUAUCAUCAAGCGAAACACAAUCAAGUUAAAUGCUCUUUAUGCGACGGAAUGUACUUGCAGGGGACCCAAUUGAGGAUGCAUAUCAACACCGUCCACAAAAACGCAUCGCAAUUCAAGUGCGAGUCGUGCGAUAAGGUCUACAAGCACCGGGCAGGGUUGCGCGCGCACGUGAGGUCGGCGCACGAAGCGAACAACGAGACGUCUCAUUACUGCAGCCCUUGUCGCAAAUUCUUCAGCACCGCUUCCACGCUGGCCCAACAUCUGAUCGAACAUUCGAAGCAUGUCGGCAAAAAGUACGUUUGCGAUGAUUGCUCAAAGAGAUACUCCACGAAGCGCUUCCUGAGACAACACAUAGAAACGGCACAUUUGAAGCUCAAACCCGAUUACAAGUGCACGAUUUGUGAUAAGAUCUUCAAUACGUCGUUCACGCUCAGAAGACACGUGGAGUUUAAACACGAGAAAAAAAAGUUGCCUCGCGAUAAAAUCUGCGAACAUUGCGGACGCGGGUUCAUGACGAACAAAAUACUGAGUUCGCAUAUACGCACGCACACCGGCGAACGGCCGUACGUGUGCCAGCUCUGCGGCGCGACUUUUGGCCACUCGGGCGCGAUGUACACCCAUAAAAGGUUACUGCACGGCUUAAAAAAACGUAAAGGAAGCUAGUUUUUGACUAGAAUGGAUAAUCUUGUGCUUCGUAAGGAUUGAAACCUUGGGUACGAACUGAGCGAUGAGAGAUAAAAGAUUUGUUAAGGACAAGAUAAAGUGACUGCGAACUGCCAUUAUUACUUGAGUGGCAGCAGAAGACAGAGAAUGCUGGCUUGGGAGCAGAUGAAACAUUUAGUACUUUAAAUCGCUGGCUUCCCGCGUUAACUUUGAAAAUUGUGGUGUUAGUCAUAUUUUGACAGCUGGCAAUCUUAACGCGUGACGUUCGCACUUUCUUGUUGCUAGUUUGAAAUUAAAAUAAAA